CAAAAGAAUUAUUUUUAUUCAUUUACUAUCAUUAUUACUAUAAAAAUAAUAGCAAAUUAAACAACAAAGUGGUGUGGUACUGUGCUGCCUGAGAAUUGACAAUGAGAGGAGUACGGUGAUUCUUACACGUUAAUCUCUUCGUUUCUCUCUGUAAACCUCUCAUUUCUUCUCCCCCCCCCCCCCCCCCCCCUCUCUCUCUCUUCUAUCACACUACCUUCUCUGAUGUUUCAAGAUCUUCGGAAUCAGACGCCCCAAAAUUUGUCUGCUUCCCGCAAGAUUGCUUCUUCUUGAUUACUAGUACUUUGUAUUACCAGCUGCUUUUUCUCGCCGAUUUUUACCCUUUUUCUAUUUCAAGUUUGUUAUGAGAACACUGUAAAAGCUUUGACUGUCUAUGAUGUCAUUCAGAUCAUGGAAAUUGCCAAAAAGGAACUACUUUGAUGGGGUAAAAUUCAGAUUAAAGAUGAAGCAGCUGCCGUUUAUGGGAUUUUUGUUUACAACUAUGUUGUUCAUUGUGUAUAGAACCACAACAUAUCAGUAUAAACACACAGAGAUGGAAGAAAAAUUGUACCCCUUUGACUCAUUGAAGGAAUCUGCCUUGGCAUCUGGGCUGUUGGUUGGUUUGCCUCAUGGUAUUAUACGAGCAAACUCAGAUUUGGAGCUGAAGCCUCUGUGGUCAACAAGUAGUUCAAAGUUGAAGGCAUAUCCUUCUACCCGUCGAUUCUUGCUGGCAAUUCCAGUUGGCAUCAAGCAAAAGGAUAAUGUCAAUCGUAUUGUCCAAAAAUUUCUUCCAGAGAAUUUUACAGUUAUUCUAUUUCAUUAUGAUGGCAAAGUGGAUGGGUGGUGGGAUCUAGCCUGGAGUAAUGAAGUCAUACACAUAGCUGCUAAGAACCAAACAAAGUGGUGGUUUGCAAAACGCUUUCUGCAUCCAGCUGUUGUGUCUAUUUAUGAUUACGUAUUUCUAUGGGAUGAAGAUCUGGGGGUAGAGCAUUUUAAUCCAGGAAGAUACCUGAAAAUUGUGAGAUAUGAAGGACUGGAGAUAUCUCAGCCAGCUUUGGACCCAAAUUCAACUGAAAUACAUCAUAGAAUUACUAUUCGUGCCAGAACAAAGAAGUUUCAUAGAAGAGUUUAUGAACGCAGAGGCAGCACCAAAUGUUCUGAUGUCAGUGAGGGGCCGCCAUGCACUGGAUUUGUGGAGGGUAUGGCUCCAGUAUUUUCAAGAUCUGCUUGGUACUGUGCUUGGCAUCUUAUACAGAAUGAUCUAGUCCAUGGAUGGGGAAUGGAUAUGAAACUUGGAUAUUGUGCGCAGGGAGAUCGCACGAAGAAGGUGGGAGUUGUUGAUAGUGAAUAUAUUGUUCACAAGGGCAUACAAACUCUGGGUGGGAAUGGACCCCCUGAAAGAAAGGCGUCAAAUACAGAAGAGUUGACUAAGAGACACAGUGCUACAGGCAUGGAUCCUAGGAUGGAGAUUAGAAGGCAAUCAACGUGGGAACUUCAAAUAUUUAAGGAUCGCUGGAAUCAAGCUGUAAAGGAGGACAAAAAUUGGGUUGAUCCUUUUCUUAGAAAACUAAGACUGCUUAAC